UUUUUCGUAUAAUUCAUAGCUUUACAUACUGCCUGUAAUUCUUAAAUAUCACGAAUAAUAGUUGCACGUGUUUACGUAAUAUAUGUCCAACUAUUAAACUAUUAAACUAUUAAACUAUUAAACUAUUAAACUAUUAAACUAUUAAACUAUUAAAUUAUUAAACUAUUAAAGUAUUAAACUAUUAAAGUUCACAGAUGUUUUACCAGCGUUUUACCAAUUUUCAGUUAAAAAUAAAUAGCUGCUGAGAUAAAACAUAAAGCGUCAUAAAGAAAAUUUGGAAAGAAAGAGAAAGCAAUAUGCGUGCAUAGUAAACAAGGAACUGAGGUGUACGACGAUAGGUAGGUUAGUCCGUUCUCGUUCGUUCCAAAUGAUCCGAUUUCGGUCUGGCGUACAGUUACUAUCGAAGAAUAAAUAUGGCUACACUUUUCGAAAGCGCACUUCUUUCGAGCAGACCACACCGCAUCGAAGAACUGUACGAAGAACCGGCAAACACUUUUGGCAAAUGUGAUUGUACUAGCUAUAGCUACCUUGUCCUGAGCGUUGUUCUAUUCACCAUUGGUACAGCUAUCACUAUUUUCGCUUUGGGUGACGUUGCGGAUGGACACAUAGUUUUGAACCUUGGUGAUAUGUGGUUCAUCGGUCCAAUAUUCAUCUGUUCCGGACUCAUGGUGGCUGUCAAGUGCAUGCUUUAUCUUCGAAGAAAAUCCGUCAUACAAAUGAUCUUCCAUCAACGACAGUUGUUUAGGCAUUUACAGGAAUUGACCGACGCUCGUACUAUGGAUCGCGGUAUGGAUCAUGGUACGGAUCGUGGUAUGGAACUGCCAAUCGGUAGUUCAACAACAUCGAGUCCACCUUCGUACGAGGUAGUCGUCCGAGAACCUCCGAACGAAUUACCCCCACCGUCCUACGCAGAAGUUGUUGCCCUUUUACACAAGUCCCUUGGGAACGAUGCAAAAUCGAGUCGUGGAACGAUCUCUGAUGGAAAUGUUGUUGUAGCCGAAAAUAUCAGACAAAAACCAUGAAAAAAACCGAUGUCUUUUUCAAUCGAAAAACCCAGAAUCGCAAAAUAAUUAUACUAUAAAUAUAUACAUACAUACGUACAUAUAUACCUACCAUACAUAUAUGUAUGCAUGCAUGUAUGUAUAUAUGUAAAUAUUAUUAAAUAUACAUAUACAUAUAUAUAUAUCUAUAUUUAAUAAUGACAUGACUGACAGGGAGGAGAGAAGGUAGUAAGAUUAUUGUCGACGUUAUGUAUAAACCUUCAUCAAUUGUUUCAUCAAUUGUUUCAUUAAUUGUUUUUAUGUCGCAUGUUACUGAAACCAUUAAAAAGCACUGUGUGUUUUACAUAACCAGUUUAUUAUUACGGUCCGGUAUACAAGUACGUUGAUUACAAGAUGAGAAAUGCCUUUUAAACGGUUUCAUUGGACAGCGAGAAUACAAAAUGUACAUUAAUAAUAUUACUAGGAUUUUUCUGACACGCAUUUCUUUCGUAGAAAUGAUUUUAACGUAGAUUAUAGAAAGUGGACGAACUAAGUAAAAGAAGAAAAUUGAGGAAAACAUCGUCUAGUAAGGAUAGGAGGAAUAGGACGAGAAGAGAUGCAAUGUACCUGUUAGGAUUGAGCAACGGCCAACAUUUCUUCUUGAUGAAUCAGAUGGGUGGUAUGAUUAACAAGGCUCAUUAAUUUUGACAAUGAAGCAGCCCAAGCGUCUAAUAAAGCAGCUGGUUCUUGAGUUCCUGUGAAUCGUACCACGCCAGCCAAUCUAUCUGUACGGGCAUUUAUUACGCCAGUUUCCACUAAAUUGCAGAGACACGCCUCGGUCUCUUUAACCGGCAAAUCCAAUAACUCUGCCAUACGCGUUAACGUGAUUUUCGUGUAAUACUUUGCCAUGAUCCUAAUAUUCUGCAAGUCCGAUAGAAACGAAGUUUAAGGAAACUAACCGAUGUGAAAGUAUUUGAAAAAUUGCUGUGCUUACAUGUUCGACCACUCUUUUUCGGAGAUCAGUCCAUCGUUUACGACCUUCUUCGGUCGAAGAGGAAAAAACUACAGUUGCUCUGAGUUCUCUCUCAUAGAUUUCGCAAAGUCCUGACCAGUUUAUUAACUCUGGGUUUACAAACAGUCGUAACAGCUCUCUGGAAGAUAAAUUUCAUGGAAUUUCAUCUUUUGGAAAGGCAAAUUAUUAAUGUUGGAAAAUACAUAAUUUUCUAAGAAACUAAACAACUACUACUUGUACGUAGGUAUUUCGUCUAGAAGUUUAUCCGCCAGUAGUCUAUGAGUCAAGUCCGCCUGUUCCGGUUCGUGUGGAGCGAGUAUCAAGUAUAAAACAGCUCGUGCAAGUGCGAAAUGUCUCAUUUCAGGAUCAUCUCGGACGGCCGGUAUUUCCAAUAUCGCUCGAUUGUGUCUACAUAACUCUAAAUGCCACCCUUCGUGGCAGGCUAGUUCCAUCAUGAGACUGAAAUGUCGAGAAAGAACUCGUACAACUCGUUAACAAUGAAUGUAAUAAUUA